AGCGCAAACACGCGUCUAGGUUGCUAGUUCACCGACGCUUAAACAUCACGAUGGCUCCCGCUACCAAGGCCGCGAAGAAGAAGCUCUCGACGUUCGUCGUCGACUGCUCCAAGCCGGUUGAAGACAAGAUCAUGGAGAUCGCGUCGUUCGAGACGUUUCUCGCCGAGCGCAUCAAGGUCGGCGGCAAAGCCGGCGCGCUCGGCGACGCCGUCACCGUGUCCCACGACAAGACGCGCGUGACCGUCACCUCCGAGGCGCCGAUGUCCAAGCGCUACCUCAAGUACCUCACGAAGAAGUACCUGAAGAAGCACAACGUUCGCGACUGGCUUCGCGUCAUCGCGUCGGGCAAGGACAGGAACGUGUACGAGCUGAGGUACUUCAACAUCGCGGACCAGGAAGACGACGACGAGUAAUUCUAAUUCGCUCGUUGGAGUCGGCUUCGUGGUGGUGGUGGUUCACUCGAGCGGGGGAUGAAGCUUCCUAUUUAGUAGCGUUCGUGAUUAGCGUUUAAUAGAGACGGAAGCGUCCCCCGGUUGGGCGGAGUCAUUCAUGAA